GAUCUCCCACUAGCGAUAGGAUGGCUUCUAGUAAUACGCUUCCGGGAAAGAGACCGCCAUUCAGAUUGUAAACACCUGUAUUUAAUUCAAGUUUGGAAUUUGGAUUUUAUUUUUAAAGAAUAAUAAUAAUCAUCAUCAUCAUCGAAGCUGACAGUACUUUAAAACUAACCGCAUCCGAACGGACCGGAUCCGUUAUUAAAAUAAGUGAGAAGGCGUGCUGGGAGGAGAGCGCGCGCGCACGCGCCGUCGGGUUAUAAGUUGUAAGCGGUGUGGUUAUAAGCGCGGUGAUAAAGGUUUUAAUAAGCGGUGCAUAAAGCUGUUUAUAAAGCGAUGGAGGAGCUGUUAAAGAGAGAGCUGGGCUCCAGCAGGGUGAAGGCAGUAGGCUUCUCCGGGGGAGGAUGCAUCAGUGAGGGCCAGAGCUACAGCACAGACUCUGGGACUGUGUUCGCCAAGAUCAACCACAAGAGCCAGGCCAGAUGCAUGUUCGAUGGAGAGAAAGCCAGCCUGGAGGCCAUCCUGUCCACCAACAUGAUCCGGGUGCCCAAGCCGGUGAAGGUGGUGGAUCUGGAAUCGGGAGGAGCCGUGUUCAUCAUGGAGCAUAUCGACAUGAAAUCCUUAAACAGGUACUCUGCUGAGUUGGGGCAUCAGCUAGCGGACCUGCACCUCCACAAUAAUCGACAGAAAGAGAAACAGAAGAAGGAAGAACAAACUGUUGGAAAAGGAACCAGCCAAGCCGAAGUUCCGGUUAUUGAAAAAUUCGGGUUCCACAUCAAAACCUGUUGUGGCUACAUCCCUCAGGUGAACGACUGGCAGGAUGACUGGGUUUCCUUUUACACUCAGCAAAGACUUCAGCACCAGCUGGGAUUAGUGGAGCAGUCGUAUGGAGACCGAGAGGCCAGGGAAUUAUGGGCAAGCCUCCAGCUUAAGAUCCCCAAGCUGUUUACGGGCGUGGAGGUGGUACCGGCGCUGGUUCACGGCGACCUGUGGAGCGGCAACGUAGCCGAGUACUCCGACGGCCCGCUCAUCUUUGAUCCCGCCUCGUUUUACGGCCACUCCGAGUUUGAGCUGGGGAUCGCCGGCAUGUUCGGAGGCUUCGGGAAACGAUUCUACGACGCCUACCAUGAGAAGAUCCCCAAAGCGCCCGGGUUCGACAGUCGACAUCAGCUGUACCGGCUGUUCCAUUACCUGAACCACUGGAAUCACUUCGGGGCCGGGUACAGGGGCUCAUCCCUGCGCAUCAUGAAGGAGCUUUCGAAGUAGUUUUCAGAAUCGGUUGUUCUGAUUUUCUUACUCAUAGUGGGUUGGAUUAAUAGAUAAAUAUCUAGCGGAUGCUAGGAAGUCGAUUGUUCUCACUAAAAUUGAGGAAUUAAAACCAUUCCGCACCAUGCUUUUACAGAAAAAUAAUCAACAGCAUAAUGAAAAGAUGAAAGAGUCACUAUUAAUGCCUGCACUUUCUAUAACAGUGUUUUAUUCCUCUUAUCCCACAGCAACUUCCUGACAAAUUCCAUAUUUAAUUCAUUUAAAAAAAAACUACACAUUUUAUCCAUUUAGAGUUACAUGUACAUCCGUUCUCUCACCAGCCUCUCUCUCUUGGGGUAAAUAAGACGAAAUCAACGAUUUAUUUUAAUUCAUGUACGUAAAAACAUUUCACGUUCACAUCCCUGCAAGUGAUCUGUUGCUAUAGUAACGAUAUAACUUAUCAGAGCGAGGGCAUUAACACAGUAUAAAUCUGUUAUAUAUAAAAAAAAAUAAAAUAAAAAAUCAGCACCUUCUGACCGAUCCACAUGGGUUGCGUUUGUUCACGCUGGACGUCACGUGACGUUACUGAUAACGGUUACUGAUAGUUAACGGCACGUGUUGAAUUGCAUUAAAUCACAAAUCAGAGGUUUCACGGCUUGCUUGUUGAACAGCAUGAACUGGAUCUCUAGUCUUAAAUAAAUUGCAUAUUUUGACACAAAUGUAAAUAAAGCAAAUAAAGUCUUAAUAAAUAUAUAUAUAAAACGUCUUUUUUUUGUACUAUUAUGUAAUAAAAUAAUUUAUUCUAAUAUAAUGAUGGAAAAAAAAAGAAAAAGGCCAUGCUGAAAAAGGGUUGGAGAGACUUGAGAAAAAUAAAUAAAUAUAUUUUAUAUUAUAUUAAGUUGAAUUAUUAAAUGUAUAAUUAUAUUAAAUUAAAUUACUACAUUUAUAAACAAAAAUGUAUAAAUAUAUUAUAUUAAAUCAAAUUUUAUAUUAUAUAAUAUAUUUUGUAUUAUUUUGAUAAAUCAUCUUGUUGAAAUUUUGA